CCACGCCCACCACGCCCGCCCCGCCCACCCGCGCUCAGGCCGCCUGCUCUAGUCAGGCCUCCAUCUUGAGAGACGGUGAUCUCAAACCGAAUCGAGAUUUGCGCGGCCUUUGGGACUGGGAAGUCGCCAAGAGCGCCAUCACCCUACUAUCCCAGCAGUGUGCAAGCCACAUGGGUCAAGCCUGCAUCUAUGUACAAUGAAUAGAUCUUGUUUUUUCUAGAUCCAACUGAAAAUAUCUACCUUUAAAAAUUCAGCAAAAGGGUGAAUCAUGCCUAAGAAGGCUAGCAGGAUUGAGUCCACAAAAAGAAGAAAAUCGGAAAAGGACAGUUCAUGGACCGAAAAAAUCUUCAACCACAAAUCCUAUGUCACCUUCCUUACUGGCUGCUACAGUUGCCACUGGAAAUUCAGACAGUGGGAAAAAACCAAACUUGGAUCAUGUUGCCAUUCUCGGACAGAGCAAGUCUUUUUUGUGUUGCUGGUCCUUUCAUUUGUCUUAUCUGUGAUUUUGCUGUUCAUGUGGAUAGAACUCUCAAAUGAAUAUUUUGACCUUGACUGGGCCAUUUUUCUAGGAACAGGAAUCUGGGUCUUCGGUUCCAUAAUUUUUCUGAGUAUACUUGGGACCCUGACUGCGUAUACUUCAUUGCUGGUGGUAGUAGGAGUUUUGUUGCUUCGGGAAAGAAUUGAACUGUACUUGCACACAUGUCAUAAGGUCAUGAUUGUGCUGGUGAUUCUGCUGUACAUCUGUUUUAUGUUUGUUCUAUUUCAAUUCUGGAAUGACAUGUGGCUGACAUUUGGGCUGUCACUGAAGAUCUUUGCUCCCUACAUACACCUGUGCAGCAUAACUGUGAUGGUUUUCCUUUCCUGGCCUUUGACCUACUAUGUUGCCCGUUUGGAAAGAGAAGUUAGAGUAAGAAGAUACAGGAUGACAUACUAUGAGAAAGAAAGACUCAAGAGAUGUAAUAUAUUCACAAGGUUAAGAGCUCUACAGUUGGCUGCCGGACUGCCUUUUCUUCUUAUCCUUGUAUGUCUUUAUUUGAUGCCUCUGGGGAUUUAUUCUCCCUGCAUUCAGAAAAAGGAGGAUUUGGGACCCAAACCAGUCUUCUUUGCACAUAGAGGUGCACCCAUGCAUGGACCAGAGAAUACCAUGAUGGCCUUUGAGAAAGCUGUUGAAUUUGGGGCCUAUGGGCUGGAGACUGAUGUGCACUUAAGUAUUGAUCGUGUGCCUUUCCACAUGCAUGACUUUGACUUGAGAAGAACGACCAAUAUCGAGGAGGUCCUGCCAGAAGCUGCACUUCAGCAUCCUGCCCUCUUCAAUUGGACAUUCCUGUCGACUCUGAAUGCAGGCAGAUGGUUUAUAGACCCAUGGCGCAAACCGUUUUUCAAUAUGAAACCUCUAUCAGAGGCUGAUAAAAACAGAGCAAGAAACCAGUCGAUUCCAAAACUAGAUGAUUUAUUGGAACUUGCAAAGAAGGCAAAUAAAUUUGUGAUAUUUGAUCUUUAUGGCCCUCCAGCGAAACAUCCUCUCAACUACUCAUUUGUUAAGCAUGUAACAAAAGUGAUCCUUGACUCUAAAAUUGAGCCACAUCUGAUUUAUUGGUUGUCAACUCAUGAUAGAAAGUACGUCAGGGAGACAGCACCUGGUUUUCAGCUGGUGGGCCGUUUAUACACCAUUAAAGAACUUAAGAAAGAAAAUAUCAGUACAAUAAAUGUUGACUACAAGAAUUUGUUCUACAGAGGGUUUAGGGAUUAUAAAGCAGCUAACAUCAACAUCAACUUAUACCUGGUCAACGAGCCUUGGCUCUUCUCACUGGCCUGGUGCUCCAGGAUUGACUCGGUGACCACAGACAACAUUCCGCUCCUGAGUCAGCUUGAUUCCCCUCACUUCUUCAUGACACCAGGAUACUAUAUGUUCAUAUGGCUUAUCAUGGAUAUUAUUUCUGCAACUUUCAUUGUUGGCAUAUUUUGUUUUCACUGGCGGAGAGAAAUAAGAAAAGAGAAACUCCAAGAAAGUGCUAGCACUCCAUCAGAUAUUCGGGAAAGUGCUCCUACAACAGAAAAAGAGUCAUGGAAAACCCAUGUACUCAGGGCACCUUCCAGCCAUCUUGGAUCAGAAGAACCCUCAGUUACCCAAACUGCCUUCAUUUCACAGCAGUCCACAAAGAGGAGAACCACAAACCUCCAAGACUCCCCCAACACAAACAUUAUUCUAACAGGGCUUUUCAAGCAAAAAUCCAAACCCUCAGUGUUCCCCAAAGAGGAGGGCAGACCACCUCUGCCCCCUAAGGGGCACAUCAUUAUGUCAAAGCUUGCCAAGAAGGACAUCAAAACAUCAGUGUCCCCUAAGUGGGUUCGGAAACCACCAGUGUCCCCACCAAGGGAAACAGUGUACUACUGGUGUCUCCCAAGGAGAAUUUCAAACCACCAAAUUUCCUGCCCAUGGGAGUCACCAACUAGAACCCUCAUGGAACCACACUGACCCACUUUACUUCAAAGUCCUUAGGAUGCCAUGGCUGAAUCAUCCUCCCAGGAUGCCUCCUUUAGUAUGUCCUCUUUCUCUUAAAGGAUGACUUUAGAGAAAAUUUAACCACAGCUAGUCCCCUUCUUCCUCUCUCUGUGGCCAAGUGUAGUGGCACUAGGGGGUGGCCAAGAAAGGCAUGCAGGGGCUGGUGCUGUGGUGUAGCAGGUAAGGCCGCUGCCUGCAGUGCCAGCAUCCCAUGUGGGUACCAGAUGGAGUCCUGGCUACUCCACUUCUGAUCGAGCUCUCUGCUAUGGCCUGGGAAAGCAGUCGAAGAUGGCCCAAGUCCCUGGGUCCUUGCACCCAUGUGGGAGACCCAGAAGAAACUCCUGGCUUGAGAUCAGCCCAGCUCCAGCCAUUGCAGCCAUUUGGGGAAUGAACCAUUGAUGGAAGACCUCUCUUCCUCUCAAAAAAAUAAAAUCUUUAAGGAAAAAAAAAAGGCAUGCAGAAGGGCCAUGAGGCUCUCGAGAGAUCACUUGACCCAGCCUUUCUCUAAGAAUGUAUCUCAAGGGGAUUACAAUGGGAACAGCGUUCUGUGUGGUCUUGCACCUGGAGCUGGUUGCUUUCCGGGUGUUAGAGUUUGUCUGAUCCUACCUUCCCUAGUGUCUCCUGCCCGCUGUGAUCACUCCUAAGUCAGAGGAUAAGAGGUGGUAUGGGCAUGAGUCAGGGGCAAAGGUCUCCUUCCACACCUCUUUCCUGAUCUACUGUGCAGUGGGAUGCGUCCUCAUACCUUCUGGUUUACCGACUCCCCACUGGAAUGAUGGGCACAAUCCUGGAUUGACCUAAUAGCCUUUGGUCUGUAGGGAAACCCAAAGUUCAGAGCAGUGAGGUGAGUUCCACUGUGUGAUCUUCACCCAUUUACAGUGUUCUCUGGGUCUGAGCACCCCCAACUGUAAAAGCUGGUAUAGGGGCAGACCACCUUCCUUCUGACUCGAUUUGGUCUGGGCUUAAAUGGAGCCUUCAAAACACUGGUGGGACAGGUGGGUGCCUCAGAGGCCACAUUAUCAUUGCAGAAAGUGAGGUUUCAUUUGCACACACCAGCCCCUCCCUCUGCUACACUGGCAGGUGGGGAGAUAAGGAAGAGCAGGUGGGUGGGAAUGACACAGACGUGAUUGUGUGAAGGCAGACAGGCCCUGGACACUGUUACUGCAGUGUCAGAGAACAGCUCCCUCAAGAGGCUUCUCCACUGUCACUUCUCUAGGCACUCAGUGCAGCACAGCCGGGAAGGUGCCUCACCCCAGAUCAUAGCUGCCCUGUCAGAAGCCCGUACCCCAGACAGCAGUUGUCCCACCUUGGUCACAAGCAACAUUUUACAGACACCCACCAGGUACGGGGAUUUAACCCAAGAUGGCAGUGGUCUUGAACAUGUCUAGAUGAGCCGGGGAGAAGUUUCUAACAGGAUGGAAGAGCUGCUCUGGCUCCACUGGCCCCAGGUAAGGCCCAGAAACUGAUUUCUCCCUCUCCCAGCCCAAUGACCAGCAUUUGCCCCUAACCUGCUCUGCUCCCAGAUGGUCCCUUUAAGACAGCUUCAGGUAUACCUUGGGCUCGAUCACCCCAACCCUCAAACUCAGACCUGCUUGGCCAAGCAGGGACAGACUGAGAAAGCAGUUAGAGAGGACACCCUGCGACAGGGCACCAUCCUGAACCACACCCCCUUUUGUCCCCUCUGCCAGAAAAGACACGGUAGGGCCAGAGGAUGAAACACAUGCUUUAUGCC